AUGUCAGAAGCGGCGCCUCAGACAAACAACAAGUUUGUCACUGAGCUCAAUCCCAAAGGUAUCAAGCCAUGUUGCGCCUGCCCAGAGACCAAGGCGGCACGAGACGAAUGCUUCUUCAAGUUUGGUCAUAGCGUGGAGGAGCAUGGCGAAUCGGCUAGAAAGUGUGAAGAGCUCGUCAAAAAGCACCGCGAAUGCAUGGCGUCGCUUGGAUACAAGAUCUGA